CCGGCAACUCCCGUUCCGCGCUUGACGUCACGCGCCCGGCUUUGCUCGGCACGACGGCACACUCAUAUCGAUGCCGGCCGAACUUCCCCCUAACCUCACUACCACGCAAUUGCAAGUAUUCUCAUCAGCCGAAGGCAUUCGUCAACGUCCCCCCCCUGCGUUUAUAAAUCUCGCUGGUCAGAAUGCAUUUCCCCCAUCGACUUCACCUUCACUCGCAUUCAUCACAUCGCACCUGUUACCACUAUUAGUACGAGAUGUAUCCCCACCAUCCUCACGUAUUUCUCCACCGUCCUGCAUCCCGGAUCUUUUGGUUCCUUAUUGGCGCAGGCGUCGCAACUUGGUGGCAUCAUUCCCGCGUCAUGCGCGAUCACCAUUCUCAAUACUGGCCCUGCGUGGUGCAACAGCAGAGGAGAGGCGCAUUGCAAGACCAACCCACCGGAGGCUCGGAGCCGCCAAUUGCAUACCAAGAACGGGAUGCACGAUGGGGAUGGAGGCAUAAUCCAUCCUCCCCAGGCGCGACGGUGGGAUGGAACCAGCAGGAGUGGGAAGAGAAUAAGGAACGAUUGAGGAACAUUCAGAAACGGGUCAGCGAAGCUAUGGUUGACAUGUCUGAGUCGACGCUCGAGUCCAUCGUUUCUACAGCUGAAGCUCUGAAGGCUCGACUCGCGGAGAAUCGCGCUCGACGAGAAGGCGCCUUCCCGCCGGAGACAACAGAGCAAAAAAAAGAUCCUUCCCCCUCUGUUUAAACCCGUAUCUGGCACCAGCAAUUUACAAGACAUCCCCACUCCGUAAAAAUAAAGAUGCUAAUUGGAUAUUGUCCCUAUGACUUCCAGUUUGGAAGUCUUCAGGUAGUAUUAUAAUUCGAGGGUACCAUGCCACGUAUCGUGGUCACAUACUGCAUAUAGAACACAACUUAUUGACAUC